AUGCGUAACGGCCGUAACCGCAAACACCUUCGACCAUGCCUCAGAGACCAAAGCACGAUCGAGCCUCUCUUUGAGAUCGUCCCUAACCCACGUGAAGGGCUCACCCUCAGAACCAGCAUCAAUCAACUCACAGUCCGCCACAGUCUGAGCAAAGUCCCACAUCUCCCGAGACCGGUCCGUGCAGCCACCCACACACUCAUCGGGGUGCAGAAAGAUGUUGAAAUCACCACUAACCAUCCAUGGCAAUCCAUCCAUACUCUCAGCAAUCUCACGCAGGGUGUCCCACAGAUCGUAUCUCCCGACUCUAUUACACUUGGCAUAAACCAAAGUGUGGAAUAUGGGCUCAAGCAGCAGAGAGCUCGAUAUGAAGCAACUGAUCGGUGUCCCGGAGGACCCGACAGGUGUAAUCACACGAGUGGAAAAAGAAGAUCUUAUGGGAAGUGUUACCCACGCCUGACUGGAAACCCAAUCGACGAGAGUAAUAGUCAAAGUCAGGU